AUGGGAGAACAGUUAUCUUCAUUUCCAUCGCCGUUCUGGAUUUUGCGGGUCCGACUGACAUCGUAUGAACUGACUAUUUCUCCUGAUUCGAAAGCUGCGAUAACAAAGUAUAUAUUACCUGUAAAACGCGAGAUUAAGCUAGAACGCCAGCUUAAUCGAAAUCGCCCUAUCCCACUUAUACAUAAUGAAUUUAGUACCUCGUCUUGUGAGAUUUUCACUCAGUCCAUGCAAAUAUUGCAUUCCGUGUGCACGAAUUUUACCAUAUUUUCAUGUAUGAUAUACGCUAUUCAUUUUUCUGAAAUGGCUACAGAUUUCGACAAAGACAAUUACGAUGAAGAAUCGACAGCAAUUCCAGAGAAAGUUAUUGAUUAUGACACAUUUUUACUGUAUGCACAGAGCGAAAUUCAAUCUGAAAAGGAAUUAGCAUUAUUAAAUUUAUCAAAGGUAUUUGAAACGUUGAGGGGCCAAAGUGCUCAGCGUCAGGUCGAUGUCCUUUUUGCACUGAUUGAGAAUGUCUUUGCUAAAGAAACAGGCAGUAGAUUUGUGUGUAUGCUGGUAGAGCAGAUCCCGUUCUUAUAUGUCGAACUCAUGGCAAUGGAUUACCUGUUGGAAAGAAUGCAGAAAGUAUUCCCCUUUUACUUAGCAGAUGCUUUGAAUCAUGAACGGAAUGAUGUAAGCUUAUUUUCGUAG